AUGAUGCAGCAGACGCAGGCGGCGCUAACCAAAGCAAAAUCUACACAAACACAAAACAACAAAUGCAUGCAGUUUGCUGCUGCUGCAGCAGCUGCAGUAGCAGCAGCAGCAGCAGCAACAACAACAACAACAGCAGCAGCAACAACAGCAGCAACAACCACAGCAGCAGCAGAAACCACCGCAGCAGCAGCACCACCAGCACCAGCAGCAGCAGCAGCAACAGCACCACCAGCACCAGCAGCAGCACCAGCACCAGCAGCAGCAGCACCAGCACCAGCAGCAGCAACAGCACAAGCACCAGCAGCAGCAGCAGCAGCAGCAGCAGCAGCAGCAGCAGCAGCAGCAGCAGCAGCAAACCUGUAUAUUAAAGUGUUUGAGGGCCUGAGGGUUUCCGAAGGCGACGCGGCAAUCCGAAAUAAAUAA